AUGACCAGCCAGAACCGACAGUGGCAGCACCCUGUUGCCUGUGGAGACACAUUGCCAGGGGUCAGGAGACCCUCAUGGACCAAGAACCACACGGCUCAGGUUUCUUUCUCUCUCUCUUUCUCUCUUAGGUACAAAGGUUUUAUCAAGGACUGUCCCAGUGGGCAGCUGGAUGCAGCUGGAUUCCAAAAGAUCUACAAGCAGUUCUUCCCCUUUGGAGACCCGACCAAGUUUGCCACCUUUGUCUUUAAUGUCUUUGAUGAAAACAAAGAUGGAAGGAUUGAGUUUUCAGAAUUCAUCCAGGCCUUGUCCGUCACUUCUCGAGGGACUCUGGAUGAAAAGCUGCGGUGGGCCUUUAAACUGUAUGACUUGGACAACGAUGGGUACAUCACGAGGAACGAGAUGCUGGACAUUGUAGACGCUAUUUACCAGAUGGUGGGCAAUACAGUGGAGCUUCCAGAGGAGGAAAACACACCAGAGAAGAGGGUGGACCGGAUCUUUGCCAUGAUGGACAAAAACGCCGAUGGGAAGUUAACUCUGCAGGAGUUCCAGGAGGGCUCUAAGGCCGACCCCUCGAUUGUACAAGCGCUCUCCCUUUAUGAUGGACUCGUAUAGUUCCAUGGCCCUGUGCUUUGCCAUGCCCGAGGGGACCUCUUCCAGUGCCAUCAGACCACCUCCGGAGCGACGCUCGCCUGACUGCGCCAGCCCUCCUUGUGUGAAUGCGAACAAGGGAUGCGCUUGAAGCGUGGCGUCAACCCAACCACUUUGCGCUCGAAAUCAACUGUGUCUCCAUUUGCCAAUUUCUGCAUUUAAUUAAAAACAGGGGGGGGGGG